CUAGCAAAGGAGAGAGAGCACCAAACUCUUUGUGAGAGCGUGCCAAACAGUAGAGAGAGAGGAGUAUUUUAAAGGGGGGAACACUGCGAGCAGGAAGCAAGACUGGCGGUCUCCAGACAGCGAGGGUAGAGGAGCGGACUCGGUUGAGAAGAGAGAGAACAGUAAGGCGGUAGUUUGGACCGAUGUUUAGGGCUAGGGCCAACGUGUAAUGGUGAAACUUGCUUCAGUGUCAACAAGCAGGGGAUUAUUGUGCCUGGGCACUCGCAACAACAUUAUAAGUACUGAGGAAAAGAGCGCAACAAUCCAGUGGAUGUCGGCUUCUCGAAGUUUUCUCUCUCUAAAACUCUCUUUUGGUCUUUCUGCUCCUCUUUUCCCCCAUUCCUCACAUCGCAGGUUCAUCACCUUUCUCUCUCAUUCUCCAAUGGUUAACCAUCGCCAGCAUCAACAACAUCAUCGUGAUCAGGGAAGAGUCAGUAGUAGUACGAGGGAUCAACAGUGGAGAGAGAUGUCCAAGCAAAACAUAAAUGAGUCUCUCUCUACCCAUGUCAGCCAGUUACAAAUAUCAGAAUCCCAGCGCCCUCUCACUUCAAACACCAACUUGGAAUUUUUAAGACCGAAGACAAUAAUUGUUCCAGUCCAUGCUUCAGAGGAUUAUCAUCCAUGCGGACAAGAUUCACCUUGUUGUUCUCAACAGCCAGAGACUUCUGGUCAGUGGUCGAUUAAUUCUAUUCCUCCAAUACAAUAUGGGACCAUCUCUCUUUUUACUACCCCUGCCUCUCCUACCAAGGUUCAGAAAGGCAUAUGGAUGCCUAAAGCGUAUUCCACUGUAAGUGGAGCUGAAUCAGUAGAAGAAUCUACCAUUAACGUUGAUAGUGGAACUGAUACGAAGAGUAAAAAUGAUAAAGAAACAGACAGAAAGGUUGUGAAGAAUAGCUUAAGCACUGUAUUCCAGAGGGGGAUAAGGGGACCUACGGGGGCGGAGUUCACCGUGGACAAGAAUACGUAUUCACAAGCCCAGAUCAGGGCAACUUUUUAUCCCAAGUUCGAGAAUGAGAAAUCAGAUCAAGAGGUUAGGACAAGGAUGAUAGAGAUGGUUUCCAAUGGUCUGGCUACUUUAGAGGUUUCACUGAAGCACUCAGGGUCUCUUUUUAUGUAUGCGGGGCAUGAGGGAGGUGCAUAUGCAAAGAACAGUUUUGGUAACAUUUAUACAGCUGUUGGUGUUUUUGUUCUUGGGCGAAUGUUUAAUGAAGCAUGGGGUGUCAAUGCCGCGAAAAAGCAAGAAGAGUUCAAUGAAUUUCUUGAGAAAAAUCGUAUGUGCAUAUCAAUGGAAUUGGUCACUGCUGUUUUAGGAGAUCACGGUCAACGACCACUUGAUGAUUAUGUGGUUGUGACUGCUGUAACUGAGUUGGGAAAGGGAAAACCAAAAUUCUACUCGACAUCGGAUAUAAUUGCUUUUUGCCGGAAGUGGCGUCUACCAACAAACCAUAUUUGGCUAUUCUCAUCAAGGAAGUCAGUCACUUCGGUUUUUGCUGCAUAUGAUGCUUUAUGUGAAGAAGGAACUGCCACAUCUGUAUGUAGGGCCCUUGAUGAAGUUGCUGAUGUCUCUGUACCCGGUUCAAAGGAUCAUGUGAAAGUACAAGGGGAAAUCCUGGAAGGACUUGUGGCUCGUAUUGUCAGUCGUGACAGCGCAAAACAUAUGGAGAAGGUUCUGAAAGAUUUUCCACCACCUCCUUUAGAUGGAGCUGGUAUUGACUUGGGACCCAGCCUGCGUGAUAUAUGUGCAGAAAAUAGAUCAGAUGAACAGCAGCAAAUAAAGUCCCUUCUUCAAUGCGUUGGAACUUCUUUUUGCCCUGACCAAUCAGACUGGUUUGGAGACGGAGAUGCAAAUAAUCAUUCAAGAAAUGCUGAUCGAUCAGUUUUAUCAAAAUUCUUACAAGCCCAUCCUGCGGAUUUUGCCACCCUGAAGUUGGAGGAAAUGAUCCGUUUGAUGAGACAGAAGCAUUUCCCAGCUGCUUUCAAGUGUUACCGUAACUUUCACAAGACUGUCACAUCACCGAAAGAGAAUGCUACUUUUAAGAUGGUCAUCCAUGUGCAUAGUGAUUCUGGAUUUCGGCGUUAUCAAAAAGAGAUGAGGAAUAAUCCAGGACUGUGGCCUUUAUACAGAGGUUUUUUUGUUGACGUCAAUUUAUUCAAAGUCGGCAACGAAUCUGCGGCUGAUUCAGUGAACUAUAGUGGGUUGUUAUUCAAAGAAACAAAUGAAAGAACAGGAACAAAUGCAUCUGGGACUGAUGGUUUAGCUGAUGAAGAUGCAAAUCUAAUGAUUAAACUGAAAUUCCUUACAUAUAAGUUGCGGACUUUCUUAAUUCGCAAUGGGUUGUCAGUACUUUUCAAGGAAGGUCCAAAUGCUUAUAAAGCCUACUACUUGAGGCAAAUGAAAAUUUGGGGAACUUCAUAUGAAAAGCAGAAGGAACUCAGCAAGAUGUUAGAUGAAUGGGCUGUAUACAUCCGAAGAAAAUGUGGCAGCAAACAGCUGUCUUCAACUGUAUAUCUUACUGAAGCAGAACUCUUCCUUGAGCAAUAUGCUCGGCGGAGUGCUCAAAAUCAGGCAUUAAUUGGAUCAGCUGGCAAUCUUGUUAGUGCUGAAGAUUUUCUUGCCGUUGUGGCAGGAGGGCGGGAUGAAGAGGGUGAUCUUCGUCUAGAGGAUGAGAUACCACCUUCCAGCCCUGGUACUACAAUGUUAGACACAGUUCCAAAGCAUGAGGGGGUCAUAGUAUUCUUUCCAGGAAUCCCAGGCUGUGCAAAGUCUGCCCUUUGCAAAGAAAUUCUGAAUGUUCCUGGGGGACUGGGAGACAGCCGUCCUAUAAAUAGCCUGAUGGGGGAUCUUAUUAAAGGAAGGUAUUGGCAGAGGGUUGCUGAAGAACGCAAGAGAAAGCCUAAUGCGAUAACCUUGGCAGACAAAAAUGCCCCCAACGAAGAAGUAUGGAGGCAGAUAGAAGAUAUGUGUAGGAACACAAAGGCUAUUGCUGUUCCAGUUAUUCCUGAUUCUGAAGGUACUGAUUCAAAUCCAUUUUCUCUUGAUGCUUUGGCUGUUUUCAUUUUUCGUGUUCUUCAGAGAGUUAACCACCCGGGGAAUCUGGAUAAGGCUUCUCCAAAUGCAGGAUAUGUCUUGUUAAUGUUUUAUCAUCUUUAUGAGGGCAAGAAUCGUAGAGAAUUUGAGGCUGAAUUAUCCGAACGCUUUGGCCCUCUAGUGAAGAUGCCAUUGCUGAAAACUGAUCGGAGCCCUUUGCCUGAUUCUGUGAAAGGAAUAAUGGAAGAAGGCUUAAAUCUUUAUAAGCUUCACACCAACAGGCAUGGAAGAGUGGACUCUACGAAAGGAUCAUAUGCUAAGGAAUGGUCUCAAUGGGAGAAGCGAUUGCGGGAAAUACUCUUUGUAAAUUCAGAAUAUCUCACCUCUAUUCAGGUCCCAUUUGAUUAUGCGGUCCAGAGAGUAGUGGAGCAAUUAAGAGCUGUUGCAAAAGGUGAAUACACGACACCUGCUACUGAGAAAAGAAAGUUUGGGACUAUUGUUUAUGCUGCUGUUACUCUACCUGUAGAGCAAAUCAGAUGCGUAUUAGACAAGAUGGCCGAUAAAUAUGUGAAAGCCAAGGAGUUUCUCAAGGACAAGAACAUGGAGGACACUCUGAAGAGAGCUCAUGUGACUCUUGCUCACAAGAAGAGUCAUGGAGUCACAGCCGUUGCAAGUUAUGGGGAAUAUCAUAAUAAGAAAGUGUCUGCAGAUCUCACCGCAUUCUUAUUCUCAGAUAAGUUGGCAGCCUUUGAAGCUCAUAUCGGGUCAGUUGAGGGUGAGACUAUCUGUUCAAAGAAUGAAUGGCCACAUCUGACAGUGUGGACUGGCACAGGAGCUGCAGCGAAGGAUGCCAAUACGCUGCCUAAAUUGGUCUCUGAGGGUCGUGCCACGCGUAUUGAUCUCGACCAACCGAUCACAGUUACUGGGGUUUUGGAUUUUCACUAAAUCUUGCUAGUUAUUUCUCCUUUGAAUAUUGCUAUUCUUUUUGUUAUGAAAAAGAAAUAUGUAAUAGUUUCAAUAAGAACCGGGCUUGGGUCAAGACGGUAGAGGCUGCGUUUUCAUAGCCUAACGUCUCAAGUUCCAUUCCUACGUAACUUUCAAAAAAAAAAGUUUGUUUUUGUCCAACUCUGGAGCAGAUAAGUUUGUGUUGCCCUGUCUGCAAUUUUCCUUUGUAGUUGUAAUCUAAUAGUUAUAAUUUAUGACAUAGAAUAUUGCUGCCCUAUAUCGUUUCUUUUUGGGGUUGGAUAAAUUGCACAUGACGGUUAUGUUGUUGUAAUUUAAGACAUGGAGUCGAGCUGCUAAAUGUUAUUUUAUUGUGCGAGCAUAUUGGUUUCAGUUCCAAUGGUUAUACUCUGGAAAGUUAAUGUUUU